AGGAGGACCUUUAUAAAAUAUUUAGAGUGCCAAUGAUCAAAGAAGAUUGCAGCUGGACGAUAUGCUUAGCAAAUCCUCUUCUGAAAAAACGCACGGGAGAUACAUUGACGGUAGACAAAUCAUUUUGUUCCAUAUCAUCGUCUGGAUUGACCUGGAGGAGAUACCAGUGCAGAGAUGGAUGCAGAAGUUCUACGCCUGAACGUUCUCCUGCUGGGUAGGCCUCAGUCCGGUAAAAGUGCCACGGGGAACACCCUGUUGGGAAGCUGGGAGUUCCCGAGUCGGUUCUCUCCGGGGGCCGUGACGCAGGAAUGCCAGCUCUGCUGCCGGAUGUUUCCGGGGUUCAUGCGACGCCAGGGCUCCGAGGUGGCCCUGCGCCUCCAGGUUCUGGAUACCCCGGCCUACCCUCACUGCCUCCUGAGCCUGGAGGAGGUGAAGGAGGAGAUCUCGGGGAGCGUGGAGCGCGUUCUGGAUCCUGGCCCGCACGUGGUGGCUCUGGUCCUGAGGGCUGAUGUUCCGUUCUGUGAGGAGGACUGUGAGCUGAUUCAGCUGGCCGAGAAUGAAGAUGAUGGUGCUCUUCAUGUAGACCUGCUGGGCCCAGCUUGGAGGAGUCACACCCUGCUGGUGCUCAGUCGUUCUGACAGCUUGGACAGGGCAGGGGUCAGUGGAGAGGAAUAUCUCAGGCAGGCAUCGGGGGCCUUCCAGACCCUGCUGCAGUCUUUGGAGCACAGGCACCAUUUUGUGGACAACUCUACAGCCUGGCUGCACACUGAGGGGCGCCCCCUACUGGAAAAGCUGUUUAGUAUCGCUAGGCACAACAAAUACAAAGCACUUCAGCUUCGAUAGGCCAACCUGCACGUGGAGAUAUCGUGAGCACGGGGAGGACGGGACUGGGCAUAGGAAUAAUAUGCUUGUGUGCAAAUCAAUUCUGCAUUUCUAGUUAAAUCAACACCAUCUGUUAAUGAUGUCUUUAACUGGUAUGGAACUAAUAUGUAACCUAUAGGACACUGAUAGAAAUGUGAAAGUACAAAUAGUGCAAAUAAAUAUAGUAAGGAUGGACAUAUUUGCUCCAGAAAUGUUUUUGGAUAGUAUCACACUGUCCAAAAAAAAAUUCAGCAUGAGCAGACCAACUGCAAAGCAUACUCUUUAUGCAUCUGUACAGAAACAGAAUUAUUUGGAUUCCGUCUGUCUGUUAGAGUCCAGAUUAAUUAUAUUAUAUACAAAUUUGUUACAAAAUAUAUGCACAGACAUAUAUGCACAGACUUUUUACAGUACCAUGUGGAAUGCUUUUACUAUUUUAUAAUGAUUAAAUUAUUACAAUAAAAUGUAA